AUCUGCAGCAGGCAGAGGCAGCAGAUCACGUCCCUAAAUGUGACAUGGCGUCUUACACGGAAGAUUGUUAACAAAUUUACUUUGAUGUUGUUUUUAUGACAAUUAUUCUGCAUAAGGGCCAUAAUUGAAGCCGGAUAUUAUUCCUAGAGACUUGCAUUGAUGGUAAUGCAUGCUAGGAAACCUCAAAGGAUCAGCGAUGGGUAUUUCGAGAAACACCAGACCCAUCCUUAUCAGGUAACCCAGAGCAGACCUCAACGCAGCCUCCUAACGAUGAAUCUUACAACGGUCGUGAAUGCAGAUUCAACUCAUCUGAAAAAUUCGAAGUAUUCAAAAGGAAACUAUGCUGAUCGCUGUAAAGACGAAAGAAUGCGGGACUCUCCUAACGGAAACUCCUAUCGUUCGGACAGUCCAGACUCCGAAAGCCCGAGAGACAGAACUUAUCAAAACAAGAGUUCUUUCAUCCAGAAAGUACGGGACAAGGAGAGAGAAAAUAGAGACUACAAAUCGAGAGAUAAAUAUUCAGAUUGUGUCCGGUCUCCUAAGGACAAGCGUUCAAGAGAAAGUAGAGACUCUGAACAUCGGACCAAUCAUGAUAGGAAUAGUACGGAGGAUAAGAGAGAAGACAGAGAUCGGGUGUUACGGGUAGGCGAUUGGUCAGAGCAUCUGAGUUCCUCGGGGAAGAAGUACUACUACAACUGUAAAACAGAGGUGUCACAAUGGGAGAAGCCGAGAGAGUGGUUGGAGAGGACAAGAGCCUUGCCUCCGCACCCCCUCACUCCUACUUACAACAGCGGGUCUAGCCGGACAGAAGAUAAACAUUCCAACUCGCGCAGCGGGCUGAAGAGCACCAGCACACGGGGACUGGACAAGCCUUGUCGAGACCCCAACUACUGGCCUUCUGAGACGCCUGAUGGUCUGGAGAAUCAGACUACGCAGGACAUGGAGAUAUGCUCGGGAGACAGCACGCCGACUUCGGAAGCGUCGUACGCCCACGCCAUCACGACGCCGCUGCCCGUGGAUCCCCAAUCAGCCAACGCCCCCGGCCCCCCUGGUGACAUUGCGCCACUCAAAGUGGACGUCAACAGUACAAGUCUGGACCCAGGACCACCGACACCCACCCACUCGGAAAGUCAAGACUGUGUAGACGCCAGGAAACUGGCUAGUCCGCCCAGCAGUCUGAGCUGUCUGCAGAGCCUGGCGGUGGGCGCAGGUGCCUCGUCCCUAGCUGCCCUCACCCCCUCACUGGCCAACCACUACCGAGAUGACCUCGUAAACCACGUACGUGGUUGGCCGGCAGACGUCUGCGAGAAACAGGCGCAAAAACUAAGUGAGGAGGCUCACGGUCUGGGCAGCCUCCAAUGUACCAGAGUCUCGGCUGAUCUCAAGUCUGCCAGGUCCAUCGUCAGGCUCACUGAAAUACAGGCUACGUUACAAGAACAAAGGGUAUUAUUUCUUCGCCAGCAAAUCAAGACUCUAGAAGAACUGAAAUCACAAAACUCGUUCAUGGCCGAUGACUGUUAGUGAGACAUGGCCUGCAUUUUUUAAAUUGUAUUAUAUAUUUUUCCUGAGGCCGUGGCUUAAAUUUAUAUUUAUACAUACUAUAUAUAUUCUACACACUGACGCCCGUGACUGCUGAUCACUUGAGUUUUGAGUGAUAAAAUUGUAAGAAAUUCCCAUUGAAAGUCUUUUAUUAAAAAUUCUCCUCUAGCGAAUGUUAAAAAUAAGGAUUUUGUUCUAAGUCCGUGAUCAAUGUCUUUUUCUCACACUGUCUCUUACAGAGAUGUAUGAAAAUCGCUAAAUAUUUUUUAUUGUUUUUGUCAGCGUUACAUGUAAAUAUAAAACCGUUUUUAUGGAACGUAAAGGACUAGUCUUCUUGAAAAAUUUUUUGCUUUAGCUGUUUAACUAUUUGUAUGUAAAUUAUAAUUAUUUAUCCGAUUUAUAAUGAGAUCAAUUUUAAUUUUCUUAAUAGUUAAUUUAUGUAUUUUCUAAUACCGGUAGUUAUUUGUUUUUCGAGUACCGAAAUGCAAGAGACUUUGUUUUCACUCGGUAUAUUGUUGGCUCUGUAUUCAAUGGAUAAUGGUCCUGUACAUUAGUAAAUGCAGUUUGUUAUUUUGUUUCUCAACGUAUUGUUGUUACCCCCGAGAGUGAGUGCAGAGGCAAGUCACUUGUCUCACAUGUGUUUGUUAGUAUAAUUGUAUAUUUAUGAGUAAACUAUUCUUAACAGUGACACAAUCUAACGCAGAUGUAGGUUUCUAUGUAUGAGAGUCGAAUGUGUCUGAGGGGGUAGCUAAUAAAAAUUUAAAGUGAAAA